AUGGCUCCCAGCGCCGUUUUCAUGGAGCCCGACAACCUGCUGACACCGAAGGAGAAAAACAAACUGAGGAAGCCGGUGGUGGAGAAAAUGCGCCGCGACCGGAUUAACAGCAGCAUCGAGCAGCUGAAACUGCUCCUGGAGAAGGAGUUUCAGAGACACCAGCCCAACUCCAAGCUGGAGAAAGCCGACAUCCUGGAGAUGACUGUCAGCUACCUGAAGCAGCAGAGCCAGCUGCAGAUGAAGACUGCAGGAUCCUUCCAUAAAAGCUCUCAGUUUGACUUCAGGGAGGGCUAUUCCAGGUGCUUGCAAGAAGCUUUCCAUUUCCUAACACUUCAUAAAGUCCGAACUGAAACACAGACCAAACUUCUAAGCCACUUCCAGAAGAGCCAGUCAGCCACGACAGAGGCGGCCUUUUCUCCCGGGAAGCCCAGCGCCCCGAAGCAAGCAUCUCCAAAAGACGUCGGUACUCUCUGGAGGCCCUGGUAG